AUGGCUGGCGGCCGCAGCACGCUCCCGGUGAGUCCGGUGGACCUGGCGGCCAGCGUGCACCUGUCCGUGGAGCACGUGUCCGAUCUCAUCUACCCGAACCAGGACCCGCCGUGUCACUUUUGCGACGGCAACAAGUCGGAGCCGAUUCACGGCGAGGCACGGCUGCGCAUCGUGUCAGGAGGUCUGGUAUCCAGCCGUGAUGGUGGCAGAUGCGGACACGCCUACAUGAACCUGCCGUCCCCGAAUGUCCAGAGCGAGGAUGGCUCGGACGUGUUUCCUGCGGAGGACCGGUGCCUGGGGAUCUCGGAGGAGGAGCCGGGUCUGCAGGAGGCGCCGCCAGCCUCGGCCAUGGGCCGUCGCAGCGCCCUGGUGCCGCCGAAACUGAUCCCCACCGACGCCGAGGCUGACGAGGAGAAGGCCCGCAAGCUGUCCGAGGGCUCGUCCGAGAAUGGCACGGCUCGCAACCGGCGCAGCUCGAUGGUCGUCAUCCCGCCCAUGCAGAUCUGCCCCGGUGACCUGCUGGUCUACAGCAAGGUGCUCACGCACAGGAGUAACCUGCUCGAGAGUCACCUCUACGGGUCAGCGCAGAGCUUGGCUGCCCCCGACUCCGAUUCCACCUGUUCCCGGAAAGGCAGGACGACGUGGUCCAUUCUGAAACUGUUCGACCGGUCGGGCCGCUCGCUGAAGUCCGAGUCACUGACCGGCAUCGAGCAGGUCCUCAUGGAGAUCCGGCCGUCCGAGUUCCGCGACGAGCAGCUGCACCGCUACAAGGGUCUGCCCUGGUCCGACUUCGUGUACCACGUCGAGGCGGGCACGCUACGACCGCUCGCCGCCGGCCACGCCGCCGGCCUCGGGCGUGGCUAG